AUGCAAGGCACUGCUGGCGAAUUGCUGGACCGCGAGCUGUGUGAAGGUCGUGUGGAAGACGACAUGAAGAUCCUGAAGAACGAGGCAGCACUAGAAGACAACACCAAAGCGUCGAGUCAAACGGCUGAUCUGAAGCAGCAGGCUCGUACUGCAGUGCGCAAGAACGGCGAGAACAAGGCCGCUGAGAACAAUCGUGACAACGAACAAAACGAACUACAACCUCAGAAGCGAAAAAGAAAAAGUGCGGCAGAUGAAAUGAAGUCGCAGGAGGGUAGAGUAAAGGACGGCGACAUUUCAGCUGCUCGCCGGGAUAGGAGCGGCCGAAGGCCCGGAGCAAAGGAGGGCAGCACGUCGUCGAGGCCGCAAGAAAGGAAUUACUAUACUAGAGACGUGGAGUCGGCGGGCGGAUCUACUGAAACUGCUCGAAGAGGGACGGUCGGCGAACGAAACGCGCGAACAAACAAGCCACGGCCUUCCGGAGAGCGAAGCAGUAGAGAGAGCAUCAUGCGUCCUCGCGACAACGCCAAAGAUAAACAAGAUCAAGAAAGACAUCACUCCAGAACAACGACGAAGCCCGGAGAAAGAACGAGAAGUC